UCACAGAAUGGGGGUGGAAAUGGGUUAAUGUUUAAAAAUUUUACUCGGCUGAUGCUUGAAGGACUAUAAAUUGACUCCACUCCAUCUGAACAGUCUCCCGUCAAGAGGACUUUGAUGGAGGAUAAAAUACAGGUGAAAAAAAUGUGGGGAAAGAUUUAUUGCUGUACGAUUGCUGCUCUGCUGCUAGCAACAGCCUGGGCCGCGCCCCACGAAGGCCACGACCACGAAGGCCACGACCACGAAGGCCACGACCACAAAGGCCAUGACCACGAAGGCCACACAGCCGAGCACCACCACCAUUUUCACCACGGGAAGGACGAACCCCACCCCAGCCACGAGGGUGCCUCCGAUGCCUGCCACCUGCUCUCUCCACACAACGCUGACUUCGCCUUCUCUCUCUACAAGAAACUUGCGUUCCACCCUGAUGCCGAGGGCAAGAACAUUUUCUUCUCCCCGGUUGGGAUCUCAAUGGCUUUGAGCAUGCUGGCUGUAGGAGCCAAGGGCAGCACUUAUUCACAGAUAUACAGCAGUCUGGGUUAUAGCGGGUUUGAGACUGAGCAGGUCAAUGAGGGUUAUGAGCACUUGAUCCACAUGCUGGGCCACAGCCGGGAUGCCAUGCAACUGGAAGCAGGAGCGGGUGUAGCCAUCAGAGAAGGCUUAAAAGUGGUGGACACGUUCCUGAAGGAAGUUAAGCACCACUACAACAGCGAAGCCUUCAGCGUUGACUUCUCCAAGCCUGAAAUUGCUGCAGAGGAGAUUAACAAGUUCAUCGCCAAGAAAACCCACGACAAGAUAACCAACAUGGUGAAGGACCUAGACUCAGAUACGGUGAUGAUGCUGAUUAACUAUAUGUACUUCAGAGGGAAGUGGGACAAGCCAUUUGAUGCAACACUGACCCAAAAAGCUGACUUCCAAGUGGACAAGGACACCACCGUGAAAGUUGACAUGAUGAAAAGAACCGGCCGCUAUGACAUCUAUCAAGACCCUAUCAACCAAACUACGGUCAUGAUGGUGCCCUACAAAGGCAAUACUUCCAUGAUGAUCGUUCUUCCUGAAGAUGGAAAGAUGAAGGAGGUUGAAGAAUCCAUCUGCAGACACCAUGUUAAGACCUGGCAUGAUAAACUCUUCAGAAGUUCUGUGGACCUGUUUAUGCCCAAGUUCUCCAUCACUGCAACAUCCAAACUGAAAGGCAUUCUGCAUGAGAUGGGAAUAGCCGAUGCAUUCAGUGACACAGCAGAUUUCUCCGGGAUGAUAGAAGAGGUUAAAGUCAAGGUGUCAGACGUUGUCCAUCAGGCAGUCCUCAGUGUGGACGAGAAGGGCACAGAGGCAGCGGCUGCAACCACGAUAGAAAUAAUGCCCAUGUCCCUGCCAGACACCGUGGUGCUCAACCGGCCUUUCAUGGUACUGAUUGUAGAGGACAGCACCAAGAGCAUCCUCUUCAUGGGCAAGAUCACCAAUCCUACUCUCUGAGGUCCUACUCCAAAUAUAACUCACCGGCCCUCUGCAUAUGGCUGCUAAUCUUUAUGUAGAUCUCAUUGUAAACUGCAAUAAAUGUUGAUUUGAUUGUAA